CUGGUAUGCCAGGCUCUGCUAUAGAUUAUCAUUUUCUAUAUUAAUAUAGAGACACAGCAUUUAUCUAUAGUUAGAUGGUUAUGGCAAUAGAUUUGUCAAGGAUCUCUAUACGGCCAUUCAAGCUAAGCGAUGUUGAUGAUGUAUUUUUAUGGGCAGGAGAUGAUAGAGUAACUCAGAAUACUAGAAUGGAGACUUGUGGUUCAAGGGUAGAGGCUUUGGCUUUCAUUAGAGAUGAAUGCAUUCACCCAUUGAGAAGGUCAAUAUGCCUUGAUGACAGGUCCAUUGGGAUUAUUUGGGUGCUUCCUUGGCGUGGUGAUAAUAGUGAUAGGUAUAAAGCAGAUUUGGGGUAUGCUUUAGGAGUCAACUAUUGGGGCCAUGGGAUAGCCACCACAGCACUGAAGAUUGUUCUGCCCCAAGUCUUCCAAGACUUCCCUCAUCUGCGAAGGUUGCAGGCUUUCACUCUUGUAGAGAACAAGGCUUCCCAGAGGGUAUUGGAAAAGGUAGGGUUCCAUAGGGAAGGACUGCUCAGAAUGUUCUUUUAUUCCAAAGGGAACUUAGAGGAUUUCUUUGUUUUUAGUUUUUUGUCAACUGAUGAAAUUCCUCAUUCAGUGUAGUUACUAAUGGAAAUAAUUGCCCAUGGUUUGUUGUUUUUGGGGAUGGUUUGGUGGAAACAAGGCAAAUCCUAUAUACGUGUGAUGGUCACGUUGUACAAUUGGCAGCUAAAGUCAUUUCGCUUUGACUAAUUUAAUAAAUGAAUUACAGCGCG